AUGAGUCGGUCAUCCAACAUAAAAUUGCUUCAAGCAAAACAUGUCGAACUCCUCAUUCUAUCCUCAGUAACCGCUCUCAUUCGGAUGUGGGUUCAGUUCAUUCAUAGGAAUAUAGAGGGAAAAGAGAUAGAAGAUAUGACGACGACGAUUGCGGUAUCGGGAGCUACUGAAACACAGAAGAAGAAUAGAAUUCAGGUUUCGAAUACCAAGAAACCACUCUUCUUCUACGUUAAUCUUGCUAAGAGGUACAUUCAACAGCACAAUGAGGUUGAGCUAUCUGCAUUGGGAAUGGCAAUCACUACCGUUGUCACAAUUGCAGAGAUUCUAAAGAACAAUGGAUUGGCUACCGAGAAGAAAGUUUUGACUUCUACGGUCGGCAUGAAGGAUGAGAACAAAGGUCGUUUGGUUCAGAAAGCUAAGAUUGAGAUUGUUCUCGGAAAGUCGGAGAAAUUUGAUUCUCUGAUGAUGACUGCGGCCACGGUGGCGACGGAGGCGGCAGCGGGAGGCGGCGAGGAGAAAAAAAAGGCAGGAGAGGAAAGCAAGGAGGGGCAGUAGAGAAGAUGAGAGGGAGAGGAGAGGGGAAGUGGAUGUUACAAUUCUUGUAGUUUAAGAAUCACAAUUCUUGUAGUUUUUGUUACUUUCAUGUUCAUCUAAUCACAAUUCUUUUGAAACUUUCCUUCUUCGAGCUCGU